AUUAAGUUUGAAUUACUGUUUAAUUGCAUGGAUUCUCUUACAUAUAAGUUUACAGGACGUUUUUUCUCCAUUUAGAUACAUGUAUGUCCUAUAGCCCUAACAGCCUUUACGUGACAGGAGUUGUACUGACGUGUAUAGGCGGCCUAAUAAUCAUGGUAACCUUGGGACUUGGAAUCUUCAUCGUCCGAAAAGGGCGUCUGCCAUUUCGUUCAAGCAAAUGUCAGCAAUGCAAGAACCAGGGAUUCGAUAAAGUGCAAUUUUCAGGGCGAGCAACGAGUACGCAAGAAGGCGAAAGAUCGUACCAGGAACUUGAUACAAGCCAGGUAGCCAAAGCCUCUGUAUAUUCUGAAAUAAGAACACAAGAAAUUGGAGGUGACAAUGAUGAUGAAGCCAAUCAGAGCAGUAACUACGAGUCGUUGGCAGGACGGUCCAAACCAAACGUCUAUGAGGAGCUACAGACCGCUUCAUCUGGUAGCAGCGGUUUAUACACUAAUACCACAAUAGCAAAGGGACACUGCUUAACAUGACGUAUAAAACGUCAUUGAGAAGAUUUACUAUGCUUGCCGGGAAUGUACACAGGCACAAACCAAAAUGAUGCAAUGAGAAGCCCAUAAUCUCUAAGACAUUGAUUUGUUUUUAUUUGACGCAAAAGUUUAAUGCGGACAUUUUGCGAUUGGUUGUGACCAGCAUACACAUAUAAGUUAAUUUCAUUCUACUUAAUGAUCCCGGAAUCGUACGUGUCAUGUAAUAUCUGAAAUGUACAGGAAUAAUUUAAAUGAGCUAAAAGCGUGCAACUGAAGUUGGUUUAUAGAUGAUUAAUAUGACAUGACAAUGCAUCAAAGUUACCAGCAAAUCACCUUUAAAAAGGAAUCGAGAUACGUAACUAGUAUCAUGGAAAUUCAUAUCAAAUUGUGGUGAUUUCUCAUAAACUGAUGUCUUAUAUUAUCCUAAAUUAUUCAAUGCAUGUGUACAAUAUAUCUCGAUUGUGAUGAUAACAAUUCAAGCAGGAUAUAAGGGAAUAUUUCAUCUUAACAUCUGACAUUUAAAAUUUACGAAAUACCUCAAAUAUAUUAGAGAAAUAUGUCAUCGGUAAAGCAGCGUCAGUAACUGAUUAAUUUUAUACGGAUUUUAAGACAUAAAGAUAUGUAAAACUUCUUAUUUACGUUACCGUCGAGUAAAGCAGUACCCGACAGGUUGUCACUGCACAGUUUCCUUACCUAUUGUAUUCCUGUCACACACAAAGAACUGUUAGAAGACUUGUUUCUCACUACUGUUUGUAUCUAUCACAAAGAGGAUUUAUGCAUGGACGUAGUAGCUGUCUAACAUUAUACAUGUACAUGUACAUCAAUUUUAUGUUUUAUUUUGUUGCUUUAUAAAGCAAUUCAAGAGAGAGAGAGAGAGAGAGAGAGAGAGAGAGAGAGAGAGAGAAACUUAACGACUUUGUUUUAUCAUCGAAAUGCAUUUCUGAUUUGUUAUGUAUAAUCUGGUAUUUUUUUAUCACAUUUUGUCACACCAGAACAUAAACAAGUAAAACAUCCAUACAGUAUUUCGGUGAAAUGUAUGAUUUGCGAAAAAUAACUAAAAAUAUAGAAAAGUCCAAAGUUGCUGCAGUAGCGUAAAAUGUAGGGUUUUUAUUAACCUGAUUUCAUAUAUAAAUUACCAUUGUGCUGAGGUGUCUAUGGCUGCCAAGUUUAUGUAUUUGAUACCUUAUUUACAUCCAAAAAGUAACAGACUAUGGUAAUGUACAAUGCGAGACACAUUAGAUGGAUUAACUUACAUUUAGAUAUUAUAUGGGGAAUAUUUUAUAUAUGUUUCGUUUAAACUUCAUUAUUCGAACAUAGCUUGUUCUCCAACACAGGAUGAUUUUUAUGUGUUCUGUUUUGUUAUACUCAUUUGAUGGUUUAUAGUUUGAUUUCAUAUACCUGUACUCAAUCUUUUUUUUUCAAACAUCGACGAAUCUUAAUAAUGUUUACUUUUUUUCUGAUUUCCUAUUGCAUAUAUAAAAUAUAAGUUAAUGGCUUAAAACUGAUAUAUGCUCAAAGCAUACCACACUCAUUUCUUUUCACAUAAUUUCACAACUUGCAUUUUUAACAUUAUAAUGUAAAACUUCAAACAUCAUACCCAACUCCUCUUAUGAACUUAUUAGAAUUCAUCGAAAUUUAUUUAAAUAUUAUACGACAGUCUGGCAGAGGCUUACAUGUAGCUAGCCGACUCGUCUUUCUCUUUCAUAGAGUCAACUAUAUACAUGUAGUAUAUUUCGGACUUAGACCUCUAAAUUAUCCUUGGUUGGUAGUAUUUUUCUCUCAAUAUUAUAGGCAUGAUAUAUUCAGUAAUUCCGUUGUUUUUUCGGCUGGUCUUUUCCCGUUGUAGGCAUGUUAUAGUCGUGGUAUUGUUGUGUACAUUUAUCCCCAGGCAGGGACAGGGGUGGAUAUUUUUCAUACCAGAUAUGGGCCGGACGUACGAUUGGGUUACGUUAGCAUUGUGUGUAUAUUCAGUCACUAUGUUUCACCUUCUCAUCACUUAAAUUCUACAUUCUAAAUAGAAUAAAAUGUUGAACUUUA